GAUCUCAGUUGCAGCCAGCUUAAAGGGAUUAUUGAUUCUAACAGCAGCCUAUUCCAGCUCUCUUAUCUCCAAAGGUUUAACCUUUCUUUUAAUUCCUUCCGGUCUUCGGAAAUCUCACCUCUAUUUGGCAGAUUUUCGCACUUGACGCAUCUCGAUCUUUCUUACUCACAUUUCACAGGUCAAAUUCCUUCUGAAAUCUCUCAUCUUUCCAAGUUACAGUUUCUUUAUUUAUCAAGUAAUACCAUGCUCAGUCUUGGACCUCACAAUUUCAAAUUGCUUCUUCAAAAUUUGACCCAAUUAAGAGAGCUUGAUCUUACUACAGUAAAUAUAUCUUCCACCAUUCCUCUAAACAUCUCUUCUCAUAUAACAACUCUGAUGCUUGCGGGGACAGGAUUGCAUGGGGCAUUACCUGAGAGUAUUUUUCACUUGCCAAACUUGGAAAUUCUCGAUUUAAGAAUCAAUUUUCAGCUCAGUGGUUAUUUUCCAAAGACCAAAUGGAACAACACUGCAUCUCUCAGGGAGUUAUAUCUCUCUGCAGUGAAUUUUUCUGGUGAUUUUCUGCCCGAAUCUCUUGGCUAUCUAACUUCAUUGCAGAGACUGAAACUUGAGUUUUGCAAUCUCUCGGGGCCGGUUCCGGAAUCUCUUUGGAAUCUCACCCGUAUAGUGUUUUUGGAUCUUCACGGUAACAAUCUUGAGGGACCAAUUCCUCUGUUUAUAAGUGGAAUGCAGAAUCUGGAGAUACUCUCGCUAUCAAAUAACUCCCUGAAUGGAGCAAUACCGUCAUGGGUAUUCUCCCUUCCAUUACUACGUGAAAUGUACUUGAAGGAUAACCAUUUUUCUGGUCAACUUGAGGAUUUCAAGUCCAAUACACUAGUCAAGAUUGCAUUAGGAGGCAAUCAGCUGCAAGGUCAUCUUCCCAAGUCAAUUCAAAACCUUGUGAAUCUAACACUACUUCAUCUUUCAUCUAACAAUUUUAGUGGCAUUGUAGACAUCAGCUUCUUUUCAAACCUCAAACAACUUAUCGAUCUGGAUCUUUCAUAUAAUAGUAUUUCGCUGACCAAUGACAACAAUGUCAAGUCUACCUUGCCCGAAUCUCUUACACACUUAUCCUUGUCCGAUUAUGAAGUAAACGAAUUGGACUUUUUGAGAUCAGCAAAGAAUCUUCGUUUCUUGGAUCUUUCAAAUAACAAGAUUCAAGGAAUAAUUCCUGAUUGGGCAUGGUCUAAUUGGAUGUACUCACUGAAUUCUCUUAAUUUAUCCCACAACAUGUUGACAAGUUUUGACCACAUUUAUCUUCUUCCUCUAUAUGCUAUUGAUUUACGAUCUAAUUUUCUUCAAGGAUCGCUACCUAUUCCACCGCCCUGUGUAGGAUUAUUCUUCAUAUCAAAUAAUAGUCUCGAUGGGGAGAUCCCUUCUUUCUUUUGCAAUUUGACAUCAUUAAUAGUUCUUGAUUUGGCAAGAAACAAUCUGAAGGGAGCAAUUCCACAAUGUUUGGGUAACAUGAGCGAUCGACUCGAGGUUUUGGAUAUGCAACACAAUAGUCUUUCUGGGAAUCUCCAAAUAACUUUUAGAGUUGGAAGUGGACUGAAAAGCUUCAACUUGCAUGGCAAUAAGGUAGAGGGAAAAAUCCCAAAAUCUUUAGCCAAUUGCAAAGAAUUGGAAGUUCUUGAUUUGGGAAACAAUCACCUCAAUGACACAUUCCCUAUGUGGCUGGGAACACUUUCGAAGUUACCAGUUUUAAGCUUGAGAUCCAAUAAAUUGCAUGGACCCAUCAGAGCUUCAAGGACUAAAAACUUGUUUCCUCAUCUUCAGAUAUUGGAUCUCUCUUGCAAUGCAUUUAUAGCAGAGCUGCCAACAAGUCUCUUUCACCAUUUGAAAGCCAUGAGGAGAAUUGAUCAAACAAUAAAGGUACCGAGUGAAGAUAGAUAUUAUGAAGACUCGGUAACUGUGGUAACAAAGGGACUGGAGCUUGAAGUUGUGAGAAUCUUGUCUUUGUACACCACUAUGGAUCUUUCAAAUAACAAAUUUGAAGGACAUAUUCCAAGUGUUUUGGGAGAUCUCAUUUCGCUUCGGGUGUUGAAUUUGUCUCAUAAUGGAUUGGAAGGUGAUAUACCACCAUCACUUGGAAAUUUAUCUCUAGUGGAAACAUUGGACCUCAAAUAUAACCAGCUUUCGGGAGAGAUACCAAAACAACUUGCUUCUCUUACAUAUCUUGCAUUCUUAAAUCUCUCCCACAAUCAUCUCCAAGGAUGCAUUCCUCAAGGACGUCAAUUCCACACCUUUGAGAAUAACUCAUAUGAAGGUAAUGAUGGAUUACGUGGAUUUCCAAUUUCGGAAGGUUGUGGAAGUAGCAGGAUGCCCGAGACAAAUAACGCAACACGCGUGUUGGAUGAAGAAAGCACUUCUGAAUUUCUCAAUGAUUUUUGGAAAGGUGCUCUUAUGGGAUACGCGAGUGGACUAAUUAUUGGAUUAUCCAUAGCAUAUUUCAUGCUUUCAGCUCGAAAUCCCAAUUGGCUUUCUUGGAUUGUUGAAGAACUAGAACACAAAAUCAUCAUGAAAAGGCGAAAGAAGCAGCGAGCCCAUCAAAGGUACUACAGAAGAUGAAAUUAUUUGCUUGUAGAGGAGUUAAAAAUUCAGGUGGUUAAUUGGAAUGUUCAUCGGCGAUGCAACAUCAGAUGCAGCAUAUCUUAUGAUGCUGGAUUUGAUUUUUAGUUUCUAUGUAAGUUUUUUUUUCCUUCUUCCUUUAAGAGUAGGAAUUGACGUGGAAAAUGUAAUAUUAUGAAUUUUGAUGAUAUUAAGUUA